AUGGCCGGUUACAAUCAGACAAUCAGAUUCUCCUCAGUCCCUGCCCGUGGACCAAACAGCACCACUUCCGGAAGCUCUUCCAGCCCGACGAUGGACAGGAAGGCCGCCUCCGACAUCGGCCCAUUCCUGCGUCGGGACUCUUCAUCUCUGAGUUACUCGGGUAUGAGCACACCAAGCGUUCCGCAGAGCCCUGGAGGCGUGCCUAUCCAAGGCUCAAACCACAGCUCCGGACCUGGCUCCUUCCGAGGCUCAGUGCAGAGCUCGGCGCAAGUCUCCCCAUCACUCGUCAACGAGCCUCUUCCGGUAGUAAAGCCCAAGAAUGCCGAUACAAUCUUCAUGACUACCGGCUUCGGUUCUACGCGGUCUAAUGCUCGAGGACCUAGGUCCAACAACUGGCGUGAGAACGCUAGACCCAUCCCUGGCACUGAGAACUGGAAGCCUGCAUACUACGGCAACCGCGUGGUCGGCGAGACCGGAAACAACUUCAACCUCGCUGCUUUCCUGUCUCAGACUCCGACAAUAGAAGAAUCUCAAGCGAUUCCCACAGGAAAUUUCCUCGUGGACCUCGAGCGGGAACGUACCGCUCUGGGCGCUCACCCUAAUCGUCCUCAGUUCCUCUCUCACUUUGGGUUGGUUGCCAGCGAGGACGACUACUACCGUCAAGUUCUGCCCUACAUCGGAAGGUGCAGCUUCGUUCUGAAGAGCUCGGCUGAUAUCGAUUACCUGCACGACAUCCUCUGCUCGCCCGCCCUUCCGCAAGCCAUACGUGCCAUCUCGAACCUGGUGAUGCCCAAGAUGUACUGGUUCUCUGGCGUUCGCGAGAACCGCAAAGCGAAUCCGUUCCUAGUCUUCAUGUCUCGUCUUCCCGAAGUCCGCGAGGUGACGAUCACCUUCCACACGGGCGGCCUCACGGGAUCUGCUUUCACCGAACGAGAUCGUCUUCGUAUUGAGGCCGAGGAUCUCGACCGCUCCAAGCAACUAAAAGUUCUUCGCCUCAACGAAAUCAUUCGUUUCUAUGACCUUCCCCGUCUGUUUGAUUGCAAGUCGCUGCGCAAGAUCAACCUGCAGUGCAUCACAUCCGAUAUGGUCUCUCGCUACACCAAGGGUGGACAUCCGCUCGCUCCGUUCAUGGAGCUCGUCGGCUGGGUUCGUCAAGGCUUCGUCGACGUCAAUGGAUAUCCGAUCGAAGUGACAGCAACAAUUGUCAACCCUCAGCGGCCGUGA